AUGGUCGCCCUCCCCUUGGUCCGCCUUUUGGCUUUUGUGUCUAGCAUUCUGCUAGUUAGCCCCUUGGUAAACUCGAUACCAACCAAUGGCACCGAGUUUGCAGGCCUUGACCACAAAGCGCGCGAGAUAUUGUCCAGAGCUACACCAGCAGCCCCGCACUGGGUUAUUUACGGCGAUGCCUAUGUUCCAGGCACUACUGGACCCCCCGCCGUCUCGGCAGUUACGGGCUUCAAUGUCUUCGUUCUCUCGUUUUUGUUGAUUGAAGGAGCCUGGGAUAAGGCCUAUGAAUGGACCACACUCACUGCGGCUGAACGUGCCAGUAUCAAGUCGCAGUACAACGCUGCCGGCAUCAAGAUUAUGGUCUCAGCAUUUGGCUCGACCGAUGUGCCCACUUCUACCAACGCGAAUCCGACUACAUUGGCCACCACGAUGGCAAAUUGGGUUAUCCAAUGGGGACUCGAUGGAAUCGACGUGGAUUACGAAGACUUCAAUGCCUUCGACGCGGGCAAUGGUUCAGCGGAAAAUUGGCUGAUCACAUUCACGACCCAGCUGCGCGCACUCCUCCCAACAGGUCAAUACAUCAUUACCCACGCCCCCGUAGCGCCGUGGUUUUCGCCAAACAAAUGGGGUGGCGGAGGCUACCUUCGCGUCCACCAAGCGGUUGGCAACCUCAUUGACUGGUAUAAUAUUCAGUUCUACAACCAAGGCACCAACGAAUACACGACUUGCAACAACCUUCUCACCACGUCCUCCUCUACGUGGCCCAAUAGUGCCGUCUUCCAGAUCGCUGCCAGUGGUGUGCCGCUUUCGAAGAUCGUCAUUGGCAAGCCUGCUGGGACUGGUUACGCCAACAACGGGUUCAUGGACGCUGCGACCUUGGCUACCUGUGUUUCUCAGGCAAAGGCCAAGUCGUGGAAUGGCGGUGCAAUGGUCUGGGAGUAUCCCGGUGCUGGUGCUGCCUGGAUCAAGACCGUGCGAGGAUCCGCCUUCCCUUAG